AUGUCGUCUCCCGCCUUGCUAGAUGCUGUGUUCAACCAUCUGGUGCUUCCUCGGAAGCUACCAGGGACUCAGGAUGCGAGGCUGUUGGACAUCCAGAAUGAUCUCGUCUCUCGCAUGAUCAGAGCUUGCGACAGCUUGAGAAGCAUGACCAACCCGAAAUUUACGUCAACUUGGGAUGACCUCCGAGAGUCUUUAAAGCUAUGCGGCAUGAUCAACCAGGGCUACCUUGACAAGGCAAAGCUCAAGGUUCAAUUUCGAAGCCUCGAACCAAACACCAUGCUCAUACUGCAUGUUGUUCAACAAAAUGCAGCACUUCUCGUCCGCCACUACCAGACUGAUGGCGUAGAGAAGGUCGUCUUCGAAUGCUUUGAGGUGUCUCCUACGCCCGACGAAGUGUUAGCCACGGACAAUGCCUUGCAAUGGGACUUUCCCGGAAGAUCUGCCGAGAUUCCUACCGAAGUCUUCCAAACCGAGUCUUUUCAAGAUAUGCUAUCUCAAUUUCUCGAGCAGGCGAGUUCGGAGAAGUUGCAGUCCUUCGCCGCACACGUGAUGAAAGCCGGUGUCCCGGUCAUCGAGUCUCGAGGUACUGCAGAUCCUGCACUCAUCAGCCAAAUGCUCCUUUCACAAUUGGAGGCCAUUGGCACUUACCACGAGGCGCCAAAGAUUCGGAAGAGAGUACGCGAUGAUGUCAACAUCAACCGAGCAGAGAUCCCCUGGCGACGACAUCCAUUCUGGCUUAUGCUUCGCGUGGCCUCUCAGCGUCAGCUCCACACUAGGCUUGGCAACGUGGACGGUCGAUCCUGUUACAAGGUCCUGAUUUCUGCUGUUCUCUGUCAAUUCUUGAAAGAGUGUGCGGGCACGGUCAGUCCCGAGAACCGCUUGCGGCUUUGUGAUAAGCUAGCAUCUCGGCUUGCAAAACUUGAGAAGGAUAUUGAGAAUACCCAGUCCACUUCAACUACCUUGAAAGAUCUGCUAUCGACAGUCGGCCCUUUCUUCGAAAAUGUUCUUGAUGAAUCGAGCCUUGGGUUGACAAAAGCGUGUGAGGACUACAGGCGGAGUGUCGUCAGAAAAAUUGCAAUCUUGCCACGCCGGGCCAUGCAAGACGAAUUGCGCCUCACAUUGCCCAACAGCGGUGGGUUGCUCUGGCACAUACUCAAAACGCGUCCGCCUGAAGCCGGAAACAGACAAUCAUUCACACUGCCAGAACUUGACGGCACAGUGGCCCAGUCUGCCCGAUUCGCCAAAAACUAUGUCGAUCUUGCUCAUUACGAGAGCACACCCGACGCCUUGGUCCAGAAUGAGAUGAAGUGGGCAGCAGACGAUUCGUUUGACGACAAGUGUUCUGCUUUGGCGAGGCAAUCUAUUGCUCUAAUUCAACGCGUUAGGAACGCAUAUGAAUCCAAUCCUGAGCAGAUGAGCAACUUCCUCCUCAAAGUCUUUGAUUUGUGGGUAAAAUUGGAUGAGGAAGCCACGAGGCGGUGCCCUCUGCUGCUUGACCUCCAUCCCAUCUUCACACCAGAGCUCAUUGAAGCUUUGCAGCCAUCUUCUCGGAGCGACCUGGCACGACUUCGCCGGAUCCAGGAAUAUCUAUGGGACCGUGUGCAACGAUGCAAGACCUUGCAAGGGACAAUUCUCAGUUCCAUACAGGCCGACGGCUUUGCUUCACGAUACUUCACUCACAAUGCUUGUCUCGAAGAAUUAAGAGUACGUCUUGAACAGGAUUCCCAGGAUCUACGCACUCGGAAGAAGGCCGAGUGGCGUGAGCUCUGCGAAGAGUACGAUAAACUGACAGAACGGAUUCUUGGACGGACCUGCGAGUGCGAAUUCGACAUCAACGGCAAAAAGAUUACGCCUGUCUGCAGGAAGUGCUCUUACUGGGGCGCUCGAUGCAAUCUCCAGAUCGCAAUCCAUGAGGACUAUCUACCCAUCGACGAAACUCAGCGCAACGCCAUGCUCCUGGAACUGGCAAUGCCCAGGUAUCUACGAGAGUAUCGAGAUGCUACUUGGAAUAUCUGCAUGACUCUGGCUUACCCAAGCAGACCCAUGAGCACCCAGGCGCCAGAAAAGCUGAUCGAGGAGUUUGGAAAUGUCGUAAAGAAGGACUACGUCAACUGGAUACCAGGUCGAAUCACCUUGGCAUCGGGUAAGAAGGCUUUUAUCGACACUCACUACAAGUGGCAAAACGUCAAAGUAGACCUCGAGCGCGUUAUACUCCCCAACCCUCUCAAUCUGGCUUACUGGGACAAAGAGGAACGGCAAUGGGUCCACCAAUUGGAUAAGCCCCUUACCUUGCAACAUCUUUGUCGCAUCCAGAUACCUUCCAGCCUGGUAUCUAGCGUUCUACCGCAAGUCUUGCACCCAAACACGACUUCCUUAGGGCCGACUUCGUAUGAAAUCCAAGCCAACCAAACUUCCUGCCCACCCCAAAUUCUAAUGUCAGAGUUCGUUGGACUCCAACAACUGCUCGCAACUCGCAAUCUGCGCUGGUUGGUAAUCCUCCGGGAGAUGAGGUCACCGAAUUUGGACUUGAGGAACGAGGAGACCGCAACCAUGAUUAGCCAGCUUGUGAAAGAAGCUGGCCCGAUGAAGCUUGGAGAGCCACUUCUGGGAAGUAUGCAUUCGGUACUAGCUAACGACUCUUUCUGUUGCCAACUCUUAGAUUUCAUUGACGGCAAACUGGAAGAGAUGAGAUCCCGACAACAUGAAGGACCCAUCAUGGACCUCAUGCUUUCAUUGAGCAUGCAGCUUUAUGAGUUGGGGCCAAGAGGCCUCGUCGAUGCGUCUGCCAAAAGGAUCAAGAGCAUUCGUGCCAUCUCUUUGCAGUGGGCAAAAUCCAUUCGUUCUGAGAUGCAGAACUGCAAAGAAGAUCGAGCAGCGGAGCAUAAAGCAAGAUAUGGACUUUGGGCAGCCCUAAUCUGCCGGCGGUCAUUUUACUGGUGCGUUGAAGGCACCUCCAAGAUGAAACCAGGGGAAUUCUCGGAUUUCAUACAAGCAUCUCUAGCAUUGCAGUGGAACCUAGUGGUUGAGCCGCAGAAGCUUCCCACGGUCUUGCGAAACAUGUUGGUUCGAGAUGCGCGAAUCGCCUCAAAGCUGCGAACUGUUCUCCAAUCCUCGUUAAGAUUGAGUGUCGGUGGCUUGGAGACAGCAAUCAACUCUAUCUGGUCUAGCUUAGGCCAAGUUCAUGAGAGAAGAUUCACCGCCUGGGAACCUGCAACUACCUCCGGCAGAGAUGCAGACAACGACGAUGGUUGGAUCGUUUCCAAGGCAACGAAUAGAGUUGGUGGAUUCACUUACGACCAAGUUAUUCACUAUAACUACAUUGAGGGACACCUUCUUGUGAAUGGGAAGCCCUUGGGCAAGCUCCCAGAACAGAUUAGGGAAGACUUCUACGUCAAAACCAUCUUCGGGGGGAAGUACCUCUUGACCUGUCCAUCGAGCCUGGCCGGUAUGUCUCACAUGCUGGUUAACAGUGAGCCAAAUCAUGAGAUUCACUUUGGUAUCCGCGACGGCACGGUCAUCAUUCGAGACCUCACCAAAGAUGGGUUGCUUGAGUUCAUACCAAACCGGAUAUUCAAGGGAAAGGAACACUUCGAUCUCCCUUCAAGCCUUGUUGAUAACUGCAUUCAUUGGCUGAAUCUCAAAACAAAACGCCUGGAAGUUCGCCGUGAAUCUACGAUGUGGUUUACGAAAUCCAACGAUUGGGUACUUGACAUGACAAAUCGUCAAGCGAGGCGUGGAAAGUCAUCAUUAGUGGACCCGAACUCCGAGGUUGGCAAGAUGGUUGCAAGAAUCUUCACUGAUUUCGAGGUUCCUGACCGGAUUACAAUAUGCCAGCCAGAAACGAGUUCAUUUUCCGUCGAGUUGCGCCACUUGGAUCUCACACUUCGGGUCAAUGCGAGGGGUCUACUCCAAUCCCUUGAAUUGAAGGUUGAAAUAGACCCAAAUCAAGAUGCAGGCACUCUUUAUGGGUUCUCCAGUAUGAUUGUAUUUCGAGAUGUCGAAAAUCAUAGCAAACGCAGCAUUUUUGUUUCAACUGGAGAGCUAUAUGCCUCCCGGACUAAAUUUCACGUGAGAUCAGGGAGACGGAGUGCCGACGCGUACUUGAGAUUUGAUAUCGACGAGGUCUUAGGCAGGCUGACAUGCGCAUCAGAGCCACGUCUCCUUUACAACAAAGCCCACUUGCAUGCAAUGACCUCAUUCAUGCUCCCGGAUCCCCUCACUGGGAGAACUGGGUCUGAGGAAGCCCUAGCUAUACUCACGUCCAGCCAAUGUCAGCCCUGGGAGCCUGUUUCAUCUGGCGCACAGCCGAUUCUCAAGGAAAUAGCGGCGCUGAGUCCGAGACGGAGGUUUUACCCAGAAGACAAACGAUACAUGCAAACAGUGGUUUGGGAUGAUCGCUUGACUGCAACUACCCAACACGAUCACUACGAGGUGGUUGUCAACAAUAUCCUGGAGAAGUCGUACAAAUUGAAUGCCUUUGCUUCAAGUAAAGUGAUUCCAGGUCAUAUCAAGCCGGCAGAUAUUUCUUCACUCAGAGCCAGGGCCCAAGCUCAGCAAUCGAAGUACGAACGCGAGAACGCUUCUUCCCAGAAGUAUGCCUCUCAAAAUGAUAGAGUUUACGCCUCUCGAGAUCGCCACACAACCUCUUCAAGGGCCAAAAGAGCGUUUCAUAUGACGAAGCUCUUGUUACAGGAGGAUCUCGUAAUAAGCUUGACUCAAGAUCUCAAGUCAAUUAUGUCAAGCUGGAAGACCAUUGGAGGUUUCAGAGCCACCAACCAGAAGCCAACGUUUUCCUUAAAGAUGGACAUGAUCAAGGCAUUUGCGGCCUUUGCUUGGAUCGACGAAGCCAAGACGCUGACUUUACCGGAUGCUGAUUCGUUUGUGGGCUACAAACCGGGAGAGCAGCCGGAUCUGGACACCAUCAAAAGCCUUGUCACAACGGGAUAUCCGGAAUAUGUUGAAAAAGAGGGACACUCGAAAAUCAAUCGGGCAGCCAGCAACCGAGAGCAUCGUGAGAAAAUGGAGGUUGAAGGGCUCAGGCUGACCAUUUUCUUGCUCAAUCAAUGGCCAAAGGAAGAACUGACUCUGGACGGUUUUGAAUCCAGCCUUAUGAACAUCCAAGACGCCCUCCAAUCGGUGUCCGUCGAAUGGGAGCGUCUUCAGAAGAACAAAAACUUGCAUCAGUUUCUAAUCGACGCACAAAUCGUUCUACAAAACGUUUCGGUCGACCAGGAGCCGGUAUAUCCGACGUUGUCAGCUUUCAAGUCACCGAUCUUUACUUGGCAUCACGAAAGCACACAUCAACCGCCGUUUUCAGCAAUAUUCAGUCGGAAACCUGGUGUGCCGACAUCGUUAAUGCAGAGGCUCCAGGAUGUGCAAGGCUCAAGAGAGAUAGCCAAGUCCCUAGCAUCCUCUGCGGAGAAACGGCGAAUUAUUGGGCCCAAUAAUUUGCCCAAGGAAGUGGCAGAACUCGGACGUCUUCUCGAAACCUUCAAGUCAGCGUGUAAUGACAACCCCUCUCGGACAGAAUAUGUUGACGACCUCAAAACUAGCUUGAUAGCUUUACAGGGAAGUUCGGCUUUGGCAGUCGAGGGACAGUCACCAGACUUGAAGGAAUCGGUAAUCGAACAAGGCAUUAUUGACUGCAAAGCGCAAGUCAGUACGAUACUUGGUAUCAUUCAAGAAACCCUGUCGAUGGAUACACAACAAUACAAGUGGUUGGGCAAAAGCAGACUUUGGUAUAGUGUCACGCCAAUAACCCUACUGCAGCAGCUACGGUCGACCAGAAGGGAGGAUAUUCACGAUGACUGGAAGAAAAGCCUUGUCGCUUUCGGUCUGUGCAUUGCGGGCUUGCAAAGAGUCCUCCGAAUCAAAGAUGCAAAACUUCAAGGCAACAGACAACGUAUCACUGAGGAGCUCCAAAACAUUGGACAUCAGAACUGGGAUCCUUCCAAAAUUUCCGAUUAG